AUGACGGUAGCUAAAAACAUACUCUGUUUGCGAGAGUGCCCCGCUGAUAGCAGCAGGCAGCAGAGUGAGGAAGACGCAGAAAGCGAUGGUCCCGCGGUGUUUAUGUGCGGCAAAUGCAAGCUGCCCAUCGGCGACAGUCUGUCCUGGGCAGGCAGUGAUGACGGAAGAACCAAAUCACUGCUCAAACCCCUUGUUGUGAAUCUCACCUGCUGUGGCUGUUGCUCAGAAUUAGGAAUUAUGUACAUAUCAACCCCAAAAAAGCUUGAUUACAAGAGAUCUCUUUUCUGCUUUAAUGUUGAAAAUAUUGAAAGCUAUGUAGUCGGCAGUCCAGGCCAGCGGGUGCCAGAAUUAGACAAAGACAAACCAGUGACCCUGGAGUACCAGGACAGUGUAGAACAGCAGAUGACAGAGAUAAAAUCUCUAGCUGUGAUCAUAGGACAACGCCUACUGGAGAUUGAAAAUAACCUCCAGUGCAAUUCUGGAAAAUGAUACGAGCUGUCUGUUUUAUGACUGAAGGUAAUAAUACUGUGUGUCUGUUGUGAAUAAGGCUUUUGGACUCUUUAGUGUAAGAUAGUUUUGUCUGGACAGUUGUGUAUUUACUAUACAGUUGUAUGCAAGUGACACAUUUGUACCAUUUCCUACCUUUUAUUGAUGUCGAGGUCCACACAUUUAAGAGAUGUUAUUGGAUAUAUGUACAUAUAUUAGAUAUUACAACAUACAAUUAAGUUGCUGUACUGUACUGUUAGUUAAACACUCUUACUGGAGAACAUGUUUGUUUGCAUCUCAUAUUUUGUCAGGCGUGAUCCUUGUUUUGUCAUAUGUGAUGAUAGUAUUUAGAAGAUGGAUACACGGGGUAAACAUGCACAAUAAAUAUAAUGGUAAAGCAAAACACGCGUUGUUGUUGUUGUUGUUUUUCUCCACUGGUUUGUUUUUCAUCGUUUGCAUUAAAACAUCCCUCUGCCCAACCCACUGAAAACUAGUUCAAUAACAAGUGGGUGACGGGAGAAGGGGGACAUGUCGGCUCAAGACAUUUUUUUGUUUACAGUUCCUGUCUAAUGUGCCUAGCAACACUAAACCCGGAGGCGGAAAAGACUCGUAGAGACCCUAAAGGCGCGCACCCCCAACCCCGAAUGCUGGGGUAGCAUAACAACUGCGCGUGCCUCGGACCAACCAAAGAGCUGUAUCUAAAGGGCAUGCUGCCGCUAGAGCCUAUUACCAUCCUUAUUCGCAGGCCAGUAAGUCAGCCAACCAGCUUGCGAGGGGGGUGUGUCAGUCUGAUGACGUUGCGCUUCAGUCGCGCGCGGGGGCGUGGUCUCCAUCUCGCGCCCGCAGAGAGUUCUUCAUUCUUGUGCCUUUGAACUCCUCCCACCAUCUGCCUGUGAAACCAGUUAAAAAUAGUAACA